AACUAGAUGCAUCCUUCUUGACUUUUUCUCAAGUAGAUUGGAAAAUAAUUCCUCACUUUUUUUCCACCAAUAAAAACUGUCAACUUGGCAUACCCUCAUGCCUCACAAUUCAUUUCUCAAUAUAAAGGCAUCAACUUGAUCUUUGAAACUGUAUUCUGCUUAUGAGUAGUGUAAUCCAAGUUAAGAAUCUUGUAACACUACUCAAGAGAAUCAGGUGAAGUGUAGCAUCUUAUUUCAUUUCUUUUCAGCUUUUACUUCCUGGAACAUACGUAGUUUUUUUGUUCCAAAUUCCAAUAGGGAUUUCAUUUUUUUUUCCCCAGUGUUCGUGCAUAGAGAUGAUGGAGAAACUACUCGAAACGUUGUGUGGAAAGAGUCGAGAGGAGCCGAGGAGUAUUGGCUGUGGAAAGAAGAUUAAAGGCAGAGUAGUAUUGAAGAAAAAGAAUGUUAUGGACUCGACAGAUAUAUGGGCUUCGCUUCUUGAUCGAAUUCAUGAGCUCUUUGGCAAAGGUGUUUCACUGCAGCUCAUCAGUGCUGUUCACGCAAAUGGAUCAAGAGGGAAACUGGGAAAACCAGCAUUCUUGGAGAAUUGGAUCUCGAGGCUUACAUCACUGUCGGCCGAGGAUGACGUUACAUUUGACGUUAAUUUCGAUUGGAAAGAGUCUCUAGGAGUUCCUGGUGCUUUCAUUGUCAGAAACCAUCACCAUAGCCAGUUUUACAUCAAGACAGUCACCUUGGAAGAUGUUCCGGGACACGGCCAACUCCAUUUUGUCUGCAAUUCUUGGGUUUAUCCUGCACAUCGUUAUAAGUACGAUCGUGUCUUCUUCGUAAACAAGACAUACCUGCCAGGUGAUACGCCCGAACCACUACGCCUAUAUAGGGAAGAAGAGCUCAUCAAUCUUCGUGGCGAUGGGUCGGGCAUGCUAAAAGAAUGGGACAGAGUCUAUGACUAUGCAUUCUACAAUGACUUGGGAAGUCCUGAAGAGGGAUCAGACUAUGCACGCCCCGUGCUUGGUGGAUCAAAGGAAUAUCCGUACCCACGUAGAGGAAGAACAGGUCGUCGACCAAAUAAAAAAGAUCCUAUGUCAGAAAGUCGAUUGCCUCUCUUAAGUUUAAACAUUUAUGUUCCACGAGAUGAGCGUUUCAACCAAGUGAAGUUCUCAGAUUUCAUUGCUUAUGCUCUUAAAUCCCUGGGUCAGGUAUUGCUUCCAGAGAUAAAAUCCAUAACUGACAAAACAUUUAAAGAGUUCGAUACAUUCCAAGAUGUACUUGACCUGUAUGAUGGUGGGGUUAAGCUACCUGAUGGCCACAAUCUUACGAAACUUAAGCAAUGCGUCUCUUGGGAAUUGCUCCAUGAACUUCUUCGUUCAGAUGGUGAGAAAUUCCUGAAAUUCCCAAUGCCUGAUGUUAUCAGAGAGGAUAAGACUGCGUGGAGAACAGACAUAGAGUUCGGACGAGAAAUGCUAGCUGGAGUGAAUCCUGUUGUUAUUCGACGCCUAGAGGAGUUUCCCCCAACUAGUAAGCUAGACCCUGAAAUAUAUGGCAACCAAAACAGUUCAAUCACAAGGGAGCACAUCGAGAAAAACAUGAAUGGGAUAAGAAUAUAUGAGGCAAUUGAGCAGAAUAAGAUGUUCAUACUAGAUCAUCAUGAUGCACUUAUGCCGUACCUUGAACGGAUAAACAAGGACACAAACACAAGGACAUAUGCUACUCGAACUCUCCUUUUACUACAAGAUGAUGGGACAUUGAAGCCGUUGGCAAUUGAAUUGAGCUUACCAAAUUUCGAGAAUAAAGAACAGGGUGCCAUUAGUCGAGUAUUUACUCCUGCAGAGCAUGGAAUCGAAGGUUCAAUUUGGCAGCUGGCCAAAGCUUAUGCUGCUAUAAAUGAUUCGGGAUAUCAUCAAAUGAUCAGCCAUUGGCUGAACACCCAUGCAGUGAUAGAGCCAUUUAUCAUUGCAACGAACAGGCAAUUGAGCGUGCUUCACCCGAUAUACAAGCUGCUGCAUCCCCAUUUCCGUGAUACAAUGAACAUAAACGCUUUGGCUAGGCAGAUCCUCAUCAAUGCAGGUGGGAUACUCGAGACAACAGUAUUCCCGGGAAGAUAUUCGAUGGAAAUGUCUUCUGUCAUCUAUAAGAGCUGGAACUUUACAGAGCAGGCACUCCCUGCAGAUCUUCUCAAAAGAGGAGUGGCAGUUCCUGAUCCAAGCCAACCCAAUGGCCUCAGACUCCUAAUAGAAGAUUAUCCUUACGCAGUCGAUGGGCUUGAAAUAUGGUCGGCAAUUAAAGAUUGGGUUGAAGAGUAUUGUUCAUUCUAUUACCACUCCGAUGACAUCAUUCAAGGCGAUUCGGAACUCCAGUCCUGGUGGAAGGAGCUUCUUGAGGAGGGCCAUGGGGACUUAAAAGACAAACCAUGGUGGCCUAAGAUGCAGACAAGAGAUGAUCUCAUGGAGACAUGUACAAUCAUAAUUUGGGUAGCUACUGCUCUUCACGCAGCAGUCAACUUCGGACAAUAUCCAUAUGCUGGCUACCUUCCAAAUCGACCAACUCUCAGCCGCCGAUUGAUGCCUGAACAGGACACUCCUGAGUAUGCUGAGCUGGAGUCAAACGCUGAUGCGGCCAUCCUGAAAACGAUUACACCCCAGUUCCAAACCCUUCUUGGCAUUUCUCUAAUAGAAAUAUUAUCCAGGCAUUCCACAGAUGAAAUUUAUCUAGGACAGAGAGACACUCCCGAGUGGACAGCAGAUAUUAUACCAAAACAGGCAUUUAUGCGGUUUAGUAACAAACUGGUGGAUAUUGAACAAAGGAUAAUGUCGAGGAACUCCGACAAGAGAUUAAAGAAUCGAGUUGGGCCUGUAAAUGUUCCCUACACCUUGUUAUAUCCCAAUACCUCAGAUUACAGUAGAAAUGGAGGACUUACUGGCAAGGGUGUUCCCAACAGCAUUUCAAUAUGAAAUCUUGUGAAGUAAAGGAGUAGAAAUUUUUCUUAAAUCCCUUAACCGUCAGAAGUUGUGUUUAACUUAAGCAGAGGAUUAAUGACUCGUUUAAUAGUAAUUAUUGUUCAAAUGACAGGUUUAGAAGUGAACUCAAUUUGAUCACACAGUAUGCUGACUCUGCGUUUCAAUCCACUUCACCAAAGAUAUUGUUAAUUUGUUUCCUUUA